AUGUAUGCCAUGGAGGAGGAGAGUUUCGUGGCGGUGAAGCGGACGGAGCACGUGCAGGUCACCUCCCGCACCGUGCCCGCGCCGUCGUCCGCGGGCAAGGUGCGGUUCGCCGGGCCCCGGACGGUGCGCGUGUUCUGCGACGACGUGGACGCCACCGACUCGUCCAGCGACGAGGACGGCGCCGUCGAGCGCCGCCGCGUCAAGCGGUACGUGCAGGAGAUCCGGCUGCAGCCGGCGCCGGUCAAGGAGGAGGCCGUGUUCCCGGCGAGCCGGGCGUCGGCCGCGUCGUCCUCGUUCGGGACCACGCCGGCCAAGCCCGCGGCCCCCGUGCGGAAGCGCAAGGCGGAGGCGGGCGGCGGCGAGCGGCGGUUCCGCGGCGUCAGGCGCCGGCCCUGGGGCAAGUACGCGGCGGAGAUCCGCGACCCCUGGAAGCGCGUGAGGGUCUGGCUCGGCACCUUCGACACCGCCGAGGAGGCCGCCCGGUGCUACGACUCCGCCGCCAUCAAGCUGCGCGGGCCCGACGCCACCGUCAACUUCCGCCGCGGCGAGGGCGCCGAGGAGGAGGUGGUGGCCGCGCAGCCGCCCGCGCUGUCCAAGAACGGCUUCUCCUCCGCCACCUCCUACGACUCGUGCGAGGAGGAGUCGUCGCACGUCGCCGCGGCUUCCCCGACCUCCGUCCUCCGCUCCUGCCCUCCCUCCGCCCUGGCAACCGCCACGGACGACAACAACACCUGCAACAACAAGAAGCCGCCGUCGUCUCCCUCUGCCCCGACACCGGAGACGGACGAGUCGAGCGGCAGCCUCUUCGGCUGCUCCUACUUCACCGGCGAGCUCCUGCCCCUCUACAGCGACUUCGACCUCCUCACCGACUUCGCGGCGGAGCCCAUGGACUUCCUCUCCAACCUCCCCGAGGAGCCCUUCACCUUCUCCAGCGACAACAACACCAGCUCCUCCUCGCUAUCCGACUCCCAGCAGCAGCAGCAGCAGCUACUGUACCCGCCGUCCCCGUCGGCGCUGCGGCAGGCGGACGAGUUCUUUGAAGACAUCACCGACCUGUUCCAGAUCGACCCUCUCCCCGGCAUCUAG